AAAGGCUCAUGCCGCUCGUGGGUUGGAUAUAAACCUGUGGUGUCACCGCAUGUACACUCUCUACACUCUGUCACACGUCCCGUACCCGCCCUAGCAUUUUGCGACUUUGCUGUGCCUCAAACACAGCAGCCUAUUUAUUAUUCUUUCACUGUAUACCUAAUUACUUUCGUCCGUCGUUCACCGCCUACCUGGAACAUGCCUGUCUCCCACAUUGGCCUUACUGUUUCGCACCUACCAACUUCAUGUUCGUUCUUUCUAUCAGCUCUACAACCUCUCGGAUACCGCUAUAUCGGACAGCAAGGCAACCAGAUUGGUCUCGGCAUCUACGACGCCGAUUUCUUCCUGUGCCAAGAAACGCCUGGCGUAAAAGCUGGCGCAGCGCAUAUUGCCUUCACCGCUCAUAGCAGGGCUGCUGUUCGAGACUUUUACGCCGCUGCUCUGACCGCUGGCGGUCGGCCUAACGGCGCACCAGCUUCCCGUAGUGACGAGGACGGCCACUUCAACGCUGCGAUCCUGGACCUCGACGGCAACAGCAUUGAAGUCGUUUUCAGGAAUGGGCCCGACUUCAGGGAUGACGGCACUGUGAUCGAGCAUAGUAGAGUCAUUACGUGGCGAAGAACUGUGACUGAAAGCUUCCGCGACGACAGAAGUGUCGUCAGUAGUCGAUCUACUCAGUCGUUAUCAAAACAGGCAUCUGCACCUGCUGCUCCCUCAGUUGCACCUUCGGCAGCAUCGAAAGCACCCAGUGUCGCGCGCAGCGUCUCCGAACCUGCCAUACCCCAAGCGCCUGCGGCUCCGGAAAGCGGCAAUGGUGGUGGAGCCGCGAAACAGAUCAUCGGCACCCUCCUCGGAGCUGCCGCUGGCGCAGCAGUCGCUUACGCAAUGGUAGCUAGCGAACGAGACAGCGCAAAGAAAGAGAAAGAUUUCGAGGCAUUCAAAACGGCCAAAGCGGCUAUGGCAUCGGUAGCGCAAUUCGCUCAGGGCAGCGGACAGCCAAAGCUACCCCAGCAGGACCCACAACCCGCCUACGAGACCAAGCAACUACCACCACCUGUACACCGCAACAUCAGUGACAGCGACUCCCAGUACUCGUCGCCGCGGGCCCGCAGCAUACGAGCCAUCGAAGCCGCUCCGAGCGAUCAUGGCCCACUGUAUACGAAGGCGCCCACCCAGAUCAGCGUGUCUAGACAGCUUGAGUAUGCUCCAGCGCAGUCGAUCGCACCUUCUAGGGUGUCCGAGUAUGUUCCGGCUGCUUCGGUAGCACCAUCCAAGGCAGCCUCCAGGUCGCCCGAGCCUAGAGCUAUCGAAUACGUCCAAGCUGCCUCGAUCGCGCCUUCCAAAGCACCCUCAAGAGCGGCCGAGCUCCGGGCUAUCGAGUAUGCCCCAGCUGCUUCGGUGGCGCCGUCCAGACUGAGCCAUCGAUCGAAGACGAGCCCUGAGCUGGCAACUGCCGAGAAGGCUAGGAGCACCGUUUCCCGAGCUCAGAGUGCAGCACCCAGCUCUUUCAUCUCGACCUUUGUCCCCGAUGAAUUCGAGCGUCGCAACACUGACGGUGGCAGCGUGGCUUCGCACCGCUCUAGCAAGUCGAAAAAGUCUAGUCAUUCGAAACAUCGUAGUAGUAGUAGAAGUAGAGCGCAUUCACCUUCGCCAUCCAAAGCACCAUCGGACGCUCCAUCGAAGGCUCACUCGAAGGUAGGAUCUGUCUUGGGCAGCAUUCUCGGUCGCGGCGGCGACGACAAAUCCAUCGUCAGCAACCCUUUCCGCGACGAAUACGAGAUCGACGACUACACCGAUGACGAUGACGACUACACGAUCGCCCCGUCGGACAGCAUCUCUCAGGUGUCGUCUUCGCACUCGCGCCGCAAGCACCGUUCGCAUCGCUCCUCCAGGGACAAGGACGAGCACUCCGUGGCCGGCUCGUCAGCCAGCAAGCACAGCCGUUCUUCCAAGCACUCGUCCAAGUCGCAUAAAUCUCGCUCGUCUCACAGCUCGCACUACCAUACUGCGGACGAGGAGUUCCGGAAUAGUGUGAUCAGCGAGCCCAGUGACGCAAGCACAAUCAAGCCGAAGAAGUCGAGACACCCAGAACGGAAAGAUAGCGCUACUGACUACGACGAAAUGUUUGACCGCGUGCAGUAUGGAAGCGGCAAUGUGCCUGUUAGGGGCAUCACACCGAGUAUGGUCCAGGGGGGUAGCCCUGAGGAGGGUAAGAGCAAGAGUGUGAUGGGGUAUAAGAUGGCGCAGAGGUUGAGGGCUUUUGAGGGGAGGUAGAGUGUGAUGGCCUCAUGGUUUUGUGCGGCAUUGGUCGGAUAUGUUUUGCAUUUGGCGUUCGGGUAACGGCUGACCACUUUACGAAGCAUGAUGAUGUAUAAUGAGAGCAUAAGAUAUAGAAGCGAUAGACGGAGAUGGCGUUAAUCUUUGAGGGUCUUGAUUUACCUUAUUCCCUUUCGUGUGGACCUUGUGAUGAGGUUGUGGCUUGAUCAAAGCGU